CGCAGCGCGCUGGCCGCUGCGGCCCGCGGUGCGACGAGAAUCAUAAUGCCGCUUGCAACUGUUGAGCAAGGUACAUUGCAAGGUAUAAUUUGUGAUCACGGUGGUGGAAGUUACGUUGCAUUCAAAGGUAUACCCUACGCGAAGCCGCCGAUUGGGAAAUUGAGGUUCAAAGCACCGGAGCCUCCGGAGUCGUGGGAUGGAGUUCGGGACGCUACUCAACAUGGACCAAUCUGCCCACAAUACAAUGAGCGGAUGGACAGAAUCCAUAUUGGAACUGAAGACUGUCUCUAUUUAAAUGUUUAUACGAAAACCGUCACUCCUGCAAAACCUCUUCCUGUCAUGGUGUGGAUUCACGGCGGAAGUUUCUACACGGGCUCUGGAGAUUCUGACUUUUAUGGGCCUGAAUUUUUUAUGAUGCACGAUGUUAUCCUAGUCACGUUCAACUAUAGACUGGAAGUUUUGGGAUUUUUGUGUCUAAACAAUGAGGAAGUUCCCGGUAACGCUGGUUUAAAAGAUCAAGUGGCUGCAUUAAAAUGGGUUAAUAAAAAUAUAGCAGUUUUCGGCGGCGACCCUAACAAUGUUACCAUAUUCGGUUGCAGUGCAGGCUCGGGUGCCUGCUCCUUACACUUAAUAUCGAAGAUGAGCAAAGGGCUGUUCCACAAAGCUAUAUUACAAAGCGGUGUUUGCCUCAGUGAAUGGUGCUAUAAUAUUUAUCCUACAGAACGAGCAUUUCAACUUGGUAAACUACUAGGGAAGGAAACUGAAGACAGCACUGAAUUAUUAGAAUUUUUAAGAAACGAGCCAACAUCAUCGCUCGUUAAAAUUCAAUUACCUAUUUUAGAAUCAAAGUUUUUCGAUUUAGCAGACAAUAUUUUCUUCGGGCCAGUAAUAGAAAAAUCAUAUCCAAAUGUAGACAAUUUUUUAACUGAACAUCCUUUGGAAUUAGUCAGAAAAGGGCAUCUGGCAGACGUUCCCAUCAUUCUAGGCUACACAUCCGGCGAGGGAAUUGAAGUGGCUCGCCAAUUACCAAAAUUAAUGCCUUUUCUAUCCACAACAGGAGCUGUUGUGCCUAGAGAGUUGAAAUUAAAAUGGCCAAUAGAACAAUUAAUAGAAGCUGAUAAAAAAAUUCGCAAUCAUUACUUUGGAGGCAAAGAUAUAUCAGCAGAAAUUUUGAAGGACUUAGUAAAAUUGGAAUCUGAUAAAUUGUUUAUCUAUAAUAUAAUUAGAUUCGCCCGAUAUCAUACGCAUUACAAUUCAAAUCCCGCAUAUUUAUACAAGUUUGUUGCAGAAACUGAGAGGAAUUACGUAAAAAAGCUCUAUAAUAUGGAAUCAGUAGAAGGCGUUUGUCAUUCAGAUGAACUGCACUAUCUAUUCAAUGUUACUUGCUUAGACAUACCAUUAUCGGAGGAAUCAAAACAUAUAAUAAAGGACUUCGUCAGACUGUGGACGAACUUUGCUAUUACAGGAAACCCAACACCAUCAAGUACUAGUGUACAAUGGAAACAAUUUACAGAGAAAGAACGCAACUGUUAUACUAUUGGAAAACAAUUUACAUGUGUACAAAAUGACAAUGAAAAAAACAAUACAUUAUGGGAAUCUAUUUAUGAGGAAUCAGAACUUGAUGUAAAUUAAAUGAAAAUGAAAACCAUACGUUUUCAUUCUACCAUUUCUACCAUAAAGAUGUGAUACUUAUUUGUUAUUGAAAUUACUCAAAAUACUUAUUUAUAUGUUCAAACAAAUGUGAAACUCAUAUUAUUAUCCUUGUUUAUAUACGAGUAGAAAUAGACUUCAGUAUUAAAAUGUACAUAAUAAUUUUAUCUGAUUA